GCGGGAGCUGCAAUAUUCCGUAAUAAUAACCAAGCUACUGUCAUUCUGGUUAUCACGAUUUGUAGAUAAAAAUAUUUACUGCUCAUGUUUACGGGAAUCAGUAUAGCUCCUGGCCCCACCUCUUGCAUAUUGACCGGCAUGGCUUUUCUGAGCCCUACCAUACUUAUCUUUGCAAUUGUUUUAAUUAAACUUAGACCAUAAGAAUACAAGAAUAAAGGAAUACUACAGUAGGCCUACUCGCCCAUGAUAGGCUUGUCCAACUCAGACAUAUACUUUUCCUACCAAAGUUCUUGCCUCAGUGAUGCUGGAUGAAGACAAGGCAGUAUAAUUUAUAAAGGCUCCGGGGGAAGGGAGCUUUAUCAAGUCAAGAUGAAUCUGUCACUAAAGCAGAAUGAUGGGGGUAGCAAUAAUUGUAGUAUACAGCAGCAGCUGUGGAAUCUACGUCAUGAAGACCCCACGCAGUACCACACACUCGUCAAGAUGCAUCUCUCUUUUGCCACAGACCUCCCUACAGACCACUGUGAAGGAAGAGCAAAUGAACAAACUUCCAGCAGACGAUGGCAUUUGGCACCACUGAUCAGGAAACUGGGCCGUGUUGCUGUACCCAACAAGGGAGUGAUGGAGGGGGCUCCACUCACACAAGAAGGGGUGUGCCAAGCCUUUCAACUAAUACACUACCUCAAUAAAGAUUACAAUAUCUCUCAGGAAGGUUUGUUCCGAAAGAGUGGAAGUCUAAGUCGGCAGCAAGAGCUAAAAGCUCUCCUCAACUCAGGUGGUGACCUCAACUUGGACUAUGGUGUAUACUCAGCCCAUGACUGUGCCUCAGUUCUCAAGAGCUUCUUGGCUGAUCUGCCAGAACCUCUCCUUACAGAGGGUCAUUAUUCCAUCCAUUGCAAAGUGGCUGAAAUGCUGCAGUCACACAUGAGCACUGACCAGAAGGACCUUGCUCAUUCUCGUCAAAUCAAGGCACUUCGUCUUUUGUUUCUUUUACUGCCUCCAGAAAAUUACCAGUUGCUCCAUGACUUACUCAUGUUACUACAUCGCGUGGCAGCCCACCAGAAGGAAAACCUGAUGUCAGCUAUUAAUCUGGGAACAAUGUUUGCUCCACAUAUUUUGUGUCCAAGAAAGAUGGCUCCCAAUGAUUUGCAGUAUUUAUCAGGUACACUUAGUACUGCUGUAGCCUUCAUGAUCGAGCAGGCUUCACAGCUGUUUCAAAUUCCACUUGAGUUGGAAUAUGAUGUUCGACAGUACUGGAGCAAUAAAAAAAAUAUGCGACAUCAACUAUCAAAGCGAUCGAUGAUGGAAGCUCCAGCUAAAACAAUUUUUACCUUCAUUGACCGAGAGCUUACAGCACAAGCCAAUGACAAAGAUGUUACUGAGAUAGCUCUUGCUGAACUUUAUGCCUAUGUUCAGUCACUUCCAGAUUCUGCUAAAAAACGUAGACUUAUUAAACAAUUUAACCAUGCUAGUGGUUCAGGAACCCCUCAACUUAACCAGAGUUUUAUCAAGAAGCAAGAGGCUCGAGGCAAAAGGUUAGGAGAUUCCAUCAAGAAGCACCUAUUCCACAAGAAUGUGAAAUCUUCAAAGAGUAAAUCCCAGCCUUUUACUUCUACUGGCUGCACCAAAGUUAAACGAACCAACAGUGAAGAUGUACUUAGUAGUCCUUCCACCAGAUCCCCCGAGCUGCGUAUGUUCCGUCGAAAUCACGAAUUUGGCACUCCGAGUCGUUUAAAAGCCAAAUCUCUUGAUGAUUUAUCGUCCCACAGAAGUCACCCUCCCACUGACUCGUCUUGUUCCACCAACUCCAUGUUAUCCUCCUUUGUCCAAACGGCACUUCAUGCAAAAUCCCAUUUCUCUCAAAGGGCAAAGCAACCCCUUCCCUUCUCUACACUGUCACUGACUACCAGAGAAUAUCUCGGUUCAUCCUCUUCAGAUCAAAGUUCCUGUAUUGACCCUAUGUCCCCUCUGCCUCUCCUGUCAUUUUCCCCGGAUACAAGUUGCAAUACUAGGGAAGCUGUCAGAGAGAGCAUUUGCAGUCACUCUGUGUUCAGCAACAAAGUUGAAGGAUUUUCCCAGUCUGCUUUCAACUUUGCCCCUACUACAUUGGAGGAUGUUACAGAAAAUACUCUUCCCUGGGACAGCAUGCUGGCCUUUACCCCUGCUGGCCCACAGCUGAAGGUGCACUCCCCCAUUUCCCAGGCUAUGAUAAGAGCCAGCAUACCUCAGAAGGUGAUAAUGACUCCACGCAGCCGUUGCCCAAUCAUCAUCAACUCUGCUACAAGUUUAUCAAAUGUUGCCAUUCCUGAGGAGAACUCCCACUCUCAUGUUUUUCAUAAUGCAGAAAGAAAUGAGAGUAAUGCAAGUAUUGUGAGCAUGCACACAUCCCCUGUUAUUGCUAACCCAGCAGCUCAGCUUGCUUCCCCACCAAGGCCUGUCCAACCACUUGCUGAUUCUACAAACAUUAGUACUAUUUUGUCUGAUCAGAGGAAAAAUGACAGUGAUGAUGAUGUAGAAAGUGAAAAUAGUAAGGAAAAAAACCCAAGAACUUCAUACAAUUGUAAGAAGAUGGAAAGUAAACUCAGCCGUUGGGGUUCGUCAUCCCUCCGUCGGACAUUAAGCUCAGCUAGUUCAACUGGCUCACUCUUUGGUAGCUUCUUUCGUCACUUGAGUACCUCUUCUCUGGCUCAGUUAGCCACUAGACUGACAUCAUCAUCAUCACUUCAAAAUUCUGAAUUAGAAGAUGAAAAUACCAACAUUGAGAAUGAAUUUGUGGCAGAGGAGGAGGAGGAUGAUGAUGAUGAUAUGAAUGAAUCUUUAUCAAGCGUAUUUAAGGAUUACCUUUUAAGUCGUAGCAUACUUACAGAAAAUCCAGUUGAUUUAUCAUCUGACUGUUUAGACAAUGAAGAUAUUGAAGCUGGAGAGAAAAAGAGUACCUCUCCAUCAGGUAAAAUGGCUGGCAAAAAAGACAAAAUUGAUCAGAAUUUUGGUGAUUCUGCAUACUACAGCUCGCAGCCUCCAAGUAAAUGUACCUCACGGCAGUGUUCAAAAACUUCUUUGGGAUCUUUUGACUCUGCUGUUGACCUUUACUCUAGUACAAAUCUUUCUGAAUCUUUGUUAUACUGUCUAGAUGGAAAAAAUCCUCUGUGUGCUUCUAGGUCUGGAGAAGGGAGAGAAUGUGAAAAUUGUCAAACCAGGAUACAUACACAAGAUGCGGUAGUACAGUCUCAAAGUUCAUUCUGGCAAGAACAGCAUAUACCCAAGCAUAAACAUGAGCUAGAACUCCAUUCCUGCUCACCUGACAGCCGGCGUCAAUCUCUGCUCAAGACAAAACAUGGUACUCCAGUACCACAACGAGAGAAGGAACUCUCAGAUAGUACAAAGAAUGCUAGAGAAGUACUUUUUGAAACUUCAUUUUAAUGCUAGCUAAUUGCAAAAAUUUGUCCUUAUUCACUUGAUGGCUACAAAAUAUUUAAAAAUACAUUAUUGUCAUAUAUAAUAAAGGCUGUUGUGCU